AUGUGGAAACACCGUCCCCCAUCGCGAUCCGAUUCAAAGUCUGGCACCGUCGAUUCAGGCGAGCGUGGAUUCUUUGGCUGGUCGAAGAAGAAGACUCCGCACUCCUCUGCGCGUCCGGAAUCCCCCGCUCGUUCGCCUUUACGGCCCUUUCGCUCCUUUUCUCGCUCUGAUCGUGCAGAUACCGGUUUUUCAAGCUAUACUGCUGGUUCGCGGGCUCGCGCUCCUUCGUCCGUGACCGCUGAUUCCUAUUACUCCGACGUCCCCAGAUCCACCGCUCAAUUCAGCGCCUACUCCAACCACACCGUCGCCCGGACAGCUUCGCACGAGACAUUUAACAAUACACCUGUGGGGCCAAUGGCGGGAUUGAUGGAUGUUGACCGCAGUCGCACGCGGCGGGAGCGCACAUUCGUAGGCAGCGAAUGUGCUGUUUGCGAGGAGCCGCUGGAACACACUCUGCGAGGGGAGCGUGUGCUCCAGUUCUCGUGCGCUCAUGUAGCUCACGAAGCUUGUUUCUACGAGUAUUUGCGCGAGAUCGAGGGUCAGUACUGUCCGACAUGUGAUGCGCCAUUGGGACUUGACUCGACGCGAGGGGGGAAUGUGCUAGACAUUGUGCGCUCCGUGAACAGUGAUGCGAUGACCCAGCGCAGCGGGUUGACGACACCUACGCCUUGGGACUCUGUUACUAGCCGGCAACACUCGGUAAGCGAGGCUGGAAGUCGCCCGUAUCCCACAAGCGACGCGGGAAGUCGACCAUACCCUCCGAGCGACGUGGGAAGUCGGCCGUACCCUCAGAGCGAUGCUGGGAGUCGGCCGUACAACCGCGACAGUCGAGAUACGUACGGCAACCGGCGGGAUAGCAAGGACACUGGAAUCCAACGUGAGCGAAUUGAGCGUCUGGCAUCAGUGUCCCGCCAUCAUUCUCGUAACGGUAGCGCUGCUGGGUCGUCGGGCGAAUAUCACGAGGGUCGCCGUCAUGACUAUGACGUUCAAGCUAUGGAAUCCGAUCUCAGCCCUCGCACUACCCAUAUUACUAAAAACCCUAUUCCGGCACCUACGGUGACGAUUCGCAGCGAAUUCCCUACAGUCAAUCGGUCUCGCCAACAACAGUCGCUCACUUGCUUGAUUACGGUCGAAGUGCCGGAGGGGAAUUGGUAUCCAGACACCGACGAUCUGCGCACGGGCUCAACGAAGGAUGAACCCUACCCGUCUCGGUUCCCGUCUGUACCGGAAAAGUUUGCUCCUUUCGAGCCACAGGAAAAUCUCAAUGAGAUCGCCGAGGAACUGAGGGCAAAGGUCGACAAUUGGCAUGGCUUGGAGUUCCAACGGUUUGGCAAACUUCGCUUGCAUGGCCAUAUGCGAGUGGGCAAAGAUCGCGAGUCAUGGCAGGAUCUGGAAUGUUACCUGUUCCAUGAAAUGCUCAUUUGCGUCAAGGAGAAACGAGUACCGGACCACCACUACGACCCGCAGAUGGUGAAACCUCGUCCACGAUACACCCUCAAGGGAUCAAUCCUGAUCAAAAAGCACUUGAAACAUAUCGAAGACGUUGCUGAUGAACCAAUCCUUACCCUGCACUUGUCCGUCAGCGAACUUCCGUGCUUUUAUCUCCGUUUUCCCAAUCGGAGUCAGCUCGAAAUAUGGCGCCGUGCCCUUGAGAAUAACAAUCUUGAAUCUCUUCGAAGCCCCGAACUUGAUUUCGAUCGCCACUCUGGGAUGGAAGAAGAUGAUUACCGCACCGGCAACAUGAAACGACAAGCAUCGCUGAACUCGUCGCAUGGCGCGGCGCGCUCAAACAACACCGCCAUCACGGACUACACGAACAUGGGUGUGGAAGGCGCGCUGUCGCCAUCGAUUCAUAUCCCAGUCGACAUUGUUGUAGUGAUCCCGGUUUCGUCCUCGAUGCAAGGCUUGAAGAUUACCCUUCUUCGCGAUUCUCUCAAGUUCCUUGUUCACAACCUUGGACCGCGUGAUCGGAUGGGACUGGUGACGUUCGGAUCGAGUGGAGGAGGUGUGCCCUUGGUUGGGAUGACGACAAAGUCCUGGGGUGGAUGGUCCAAGAUUCUCAGUUCUAUCCGACCUGUCGGGCAGAAGAGCUUGCGCGCGGACGUGGUCGAGGGGGCUAACGUAGCCAUGGAUCUGUUGAUGCAGCGGAAAUCGUCGAACCCGGUGUCUAGCAUCCUACUAAUCAGUGACUCGUCCACUUCCGACCCUGAAAGCGUGGACUUUGUCGUGUCGAGAGCUGAAGCUGCCAAGGUCGGAAUCCAUUCGUUUGGCCUUGGAUUAACACACAAGCCGGAUACGAUGAUCGAACUGUCGACGCGGACAAAGGGGUCAUACCUUUAUGUGAAGGAUUGGAUGAUGUUGCGGGAAUGCGUUGCUGGAUGCCUGGGAGCCAUCCAAACAACGUCACACCAAAAUGUGAAGCUGAAGCUGCGACUCCCAGAAGGCUCUCCCGCCAAGUUCGUCAAGAUCAGCGGCGCACUGCACACAACCAAGCGAGCCACCGGUCGGGAUGCCGAGGCUGCGCUUGGGGACCUGCGGUUUGGCGACAAGCGUGAUGUUCUCGUACAACUGGUCAUUCCGCCCGACAACGUGACCCACGAAUCCGCGCCCCAAGAUCCUUGGGAGAGUCUGGUGUCCGGGUUGGAAGCGCUAGGAGGCGGAUCGGACGGGGAUGACCAGCGUAUCCUAAGUGUGGAAGAAGUUCCCUUGAUCCAAGCUGACCUGACGUACGGCGACCUGCUUCGCGACGGUCAUUUGCAACACUCACCGCGCCCGUCGCUACUGGCGAUAACUAUGCUCCCGCCAAACCCCCGAUACAAGGGCGCCAGACCCUCAACACCGCCAAUUCCUCCUCACCCAUCAAUUGUUCAACGCCGCAUGGAGCUUCUUACUUCGGACAUGCUGACGCGCUCCCUGACGCUCGCCUCACGUGCGCAGCAUGAUCGAGCUCAACACUUGUUGAAUGAAACCCGAAGUAUCCUCAAAGGCUUAGGCAAAGGCAGCCUACCACCUCUCCCUCCUCCAGCAUCGAAGGGCUCUGCUGAACCCGAAUCACGCGGCCAAACCCCCACCUCUGACUCGCCCAAAUCCUCAACCUUCGCCAGCCACUCCUCGGCUGCUUCGGACGCUGCCACUAUUACUCCUGUGGCGGCAGUUGAUGCCCACACAAUGACGGCCCUCGAUGGGGACCUGCAGGCUGCUUUAGAGUGGAUCAACCACCCGGCCGUCUUUGGCCGUGACUCGCGCAAGGCCGUACUGCAGAGUAUCGGUGUUAUAUCUUCACAGCGGGCCUACACUCUCCGCUCACCGUCUGAAGCGCACUGGGCUCAGCGGAUUGCAGGCGUGCGCCGUCUGAUCGAGCGGUCGAAAGACUGGCGAGAAACCGGUGACGACGCGUUGACCGAAGAAUAG